UGCAAUUCUCUACACAUUUUUCCAGAUUAUUUUGUUUGAGGUUUCGAACACAAUCAACAACAGUAAGUUAAGUUGGGUUAAAUAAAAAAAAGUCUCAACAAACUUUUUAUUAUAAUGGACAGGAUUUCGAUCGAAAUUCUUAUUCAGUGAAAUUAAUUGUCAAACCAAGUGACCAGUUAAGCAACCAUUCCCUCAAAUAUUGUAAAGCGAUGCUGUCAAACAAUUCACAAACAAUCCGUAUGUUCGUCUGAAAUCGGUAACAUUUUCCAUGUUUGGUUGCAGAGUAAAAUAUAUCACGAGAAAAAAAUAGCAACCAAGUGCACAGUGUGUUUUGUGUGGAAACAUACAUCAGAUUCUAUAUAACGCAGCACUAGUGAGAACAACUAUCCAGAAUACGUACGCUAUCGCUAAGAAAGUUCAAUAAGUAUAAUCUAAUUGUGAUUGUAAGCAGCACUACAUUCUGAGAGAGGAAGCUAUGGGCAGAAAUUUAGAAAUGGCGAGAAAACUAUCCAUGAAAACCUACAGUGCAGCAGAUAAUACGUACGAAUCGAGCUCCGGCAGUGAUUCAGAUGAGAGCAAUGCGAGCCUAUUGGAAAGAAGCUGCCUGUUGAGCAACAAAUUUAUGCUACCGAAAGAUCUAUGCGAAAAUGUUAGUAUUUUUCAUGAAUUGUUUUCUCGCACCCUGUGGGAUACACUACCGCAAACCACUCAACAGAAGCUAGCAAAGUUGCUGCCAGUGGCCAAAGAUGAUAUGCCGUCGGCGACGAAGGUAGUGCACAGUUUGAUGUCGCAAGAAUUGCAGCGUUUCGGUAAAGAACCGAUGGAUGACUUUCGCUGCAAGCUAGCAAACGGCAGCUUCCGAGUGGAUAUAGCCAAAUUGAAGCACAAUUUAGCCGAAUUAACGAAGAAAGAUAAGCGUAUGGUAGAACUGCAACGAAUGUCUCGUUUAGCGCCGAAAGUAAUGCUUUCCCGUGAAGCUGUUUUGUACAGUGAGCUGCACUCAAAUGAUGGACGUGCUGUACCAUCAUUUGGUAGAGUAACCGAUAAUUAUGACCGUCGUCGGCAGUGGAAAUAUGAUUUCAACGUGUCAUCCGCAAUGGAAAAGUAUCAAGCAGUUGCGAAAAAGCGUUAUUUAAGUGAAAUUAUUAAUAUAUGCGAUGAAGUCGGUUUGCCAAUGAGCCUGUCCGAUGAAGAAGAUUGUAUGCAUGCUUUGCCAACCGGAACGACACGAAAACAACGACGGAUGGUAGGCACUGGUCCGCAGUCUAGCGAGCAGUCAAACGUUCUGCCACGUCCCGGAACGUUCGGCAGUUUCAACGGUACAGCGGGAAACACAUUCGACGGCACCAUAUUUAAUGCACCGAAGGUAUUUCUUGUUACUGAGGAACAUUACAGAAAACUAUUACUACAACAUAGGAAACGUAAAAUGGAAGAACCCGAUCAUCCUGAGCUGGAUUUAGACAAUAUUAAAUUAAAGGAUGUCGUUAGCCGCACACAAAUAGCUGCCGGAUAUCGAAGAAUAUUGCCACUACCCAAAGUGCACAUUUCGGAUGCUUUAAAAGAUAAUUCGACGACAAUGAAGGGAAAAGUGAAGUCACAAAAAUCUUUAAAAAUGCACCGAACGUCUCUAGAUCAACCCGAUUCAAAAGGUACGUUCGAGCGAAACUUUGGCGAGCAUCAAAAUGUGGAAAGAGUUAAAACGGAACCGAGUGUGGCAACAAAUGUUAAGGUAAAAGAGGAACAACCAACAAGUGAUUGUUUUGAUUCAGUUUUGAAUGAGAAUGUUGUGUCGAACGUUAUUUCAACUCGUUCAGAUGAAAAAAGCACAAUGUCAAACGAUGAAUCCGUAAAAGAAGAUAAAAGAAAUUUCAAUGCGAUCGUAGAAACGAAGCUGGAAACGGCUGACACGUUUUCAACGUCAACAAUUAUGAACACGGCGCAAUCUACGAAACCAUUAUCGAACGAAUCGUUAUUUGAUGCAAUGGUUGAAAAUGUCGAACAAAACUCAACGGAACAAAGUUCUAUGAACUGUUUGUUUAGUAAUGGAACGCAUGCCUGUUUCCUAUCGGUUGUUCGUGAUCUGUUUUGCUCGAAUCCCGAUCAUCGAUCUACUUUGCCGGAACUGCGACUAAAGUUGGAUGCAUGGACAAAGAGUCCUGUAGCUGAACGUAAUGUUUGGUUUGAGCAGUAUAAAAAUAUUGGCGAAUGGAAUGACACACUACAAUCUGCAGUACAAUUUUUGACAGGGGAGUUUGUAAACCAACCAGAAGAUUUCGUUCCGUAUAUAGAGCAUAAAGUAAGCCUCAAUAUAUUGCAAUGGAUUGGUGCAUCUCGCGAUGGGGACAGCCGGUUAGUACAACUUUGUGCAUAUUGGCAAAGUAGAAAGCAAGAAAUUAACAAACCUUCAAGUCAGCAUUCACUUACGGCUAGUAACGCACCAUGUAUGAGCGGUUCUAUUGUAAAUGAUUCUUCUUUAAUGCAAGCCGUCUCUGCUUCUCCAAAAUGCAGAAGCAGAACAACUGUUGCUUCAAAACAUGUUCCCUUUUCCCCGUCUUAUUCGCCCUCAUCGUCCAUGUCUUCCGUGUCGUCGUUACCGAUUGCGGUAGAUAAUUCUCUAUUCAACGAAUCUACCGUAUCAUCACUAUCGAUAAAGACCGCCACUUUGUCCGAGGAUGACGGAACAAUUAAUGAACGUUCGACAGCAACACCACCACCACUGUUCCCUACGGACUGGACCGUUCGGAAAGCCACCGACCAGGAAAUAGAAAGCUUUCGUGAGCAGGAAAAACGGCGAUAUGAAAAUCCACACAUGGCUUUCACGUAUAAGCAACACUCUUACGACAGCGUGGUUGGCCCAGUUAAGGGAAUUUAUACGCAAGCUCCAGGCAUCUCAAAAGCCCGUGGUCACAGUAUGCUAGUUGCGAAUCGUCCAAAUUUCGUUACUAUCCUUACGUUAGUGCGAGAUGCCACCGCCCGCCUACCUAACGGUGAAGGUACACGGGCAGAUAUUUGCGAGCUGCUAAAAUCAUCGCAAUACAUUUCGCCAACAGCAACUGAUCAAGUCUUACAAACCAUCGUCAGCGGUGCAUUGGAUAGGAUGCACACCGAACGUGAUCCAUGUGUUAAGUAUGAUGCAAAGCGCAAAAUUUGGAUCUAUUUGCAUCGAAACCGCACGGAGCAGGAAUUUGAACGUUUGCACAUGCAGUAUCAAGGAUUCACUAAACAUAAAAAAUCCAUCGUUAGAAAACCGUUAAGGCAGUCCAAAGAAAGUAUAUCAACAUCCAGCACGGCCAAGCAUGACUUGCUGAACGAUAGUGGUACUUCUGUCGAGAGUUUUACUUUAAACAGUUCAAUGAUUAAGAUGGAUCAGGACCUUCAAGCGACGGUUGGAUGUAUUGCAAUGGAUCCAACUAUUAAUACCGACACAGCUAUAAUCAAUGCGGAGAUACCAAUCAGCAGCAGCACGUGUGGUACAUCGGUGGGAAAAUCGACAACGUCUUUGUUAAAAAAGCAGACGCCCCUAACUUUAUCAUCAGAUAACAUCAAUGUACAACAACCAUGUAACGACAUAAAAAGCGACAUCCACUCCAGCAUUGUAAAGGGUUUAACAUCAGACGUAAAUACGCCAUGUCAAGCAGAUCAAGCCAAACAACCUAUAUGUAUCGUAAAAGAACAGCAGACAGUAACUCCAGAACCCAGUACAAAUGUGUUGUACAAAUCUUCAAAUAAAUUGUGUAGUGCUGUUACUUUAAAUUCAUCCGUUGGAAACAAUAUACGCACGAUUCAGAUUCCCAAAUCUUCAUUAACUCUGGCCAAUAUACCGGUAGUUUCCAACACUAGUACAGCAAUUGCUAAUGAAACUUCAACUUCGGACGAUGGUUUGUCGCCAGAUUCGUUAACAAACAUUAAUCCUAAAUCGCCAAAGAAAAUAUUGGUAUCAGCAAUAGUGUCGUCAUCAGUGAAAUCAACUCCAUCCCCAUCCGUUAGUGCAAGUGCUAAAUCUGUAGUCGAUAUUUCACGAAUAUCCAACUCGAAACCCAUACUGGUACAAUCCAUAGGAACUGCUUCAUCCUCGCACACACCAGCGGCAUAUUCCUUCGUUUCAUCUCCUAAAGAUGCUAUUAAAAUUGGUUCUGCCGUGGGAGGAGGUACGAUUGUGUCCAUCCGACAGGUGAACAGCAAUUCGGGCAUCAGUAACAUUGGUCAAAAAAAUCAAUUAUUGGCUUGUGGACAAACUACCUCAUUGUUAUCUUCACAGUCAUCUACACAAACGAAAGGAACACAAUUGUCGAUCAAUAAUGCUUCGUUCACUGGUUCAUCUGGAGGCACUACACUGCAAACUAUGAAAGGUGGUGCAGUAAUAACAGCUACAAUUAGUAAACCAAUUUACAGUUCCUCUGUUGGACCAGCGCCCUUGAAGCAAGGCACUGGAUCUGCUGCUUCCAUCAUACAAACCAAUCUUCCUGGCUCUGUUUUUUCGCAAAAGAUGAUGGUUAGUUCUUGCAAAGCGAAUACACCAUCCUCCGGGGAAAGCAAUACUACUGUACCUACAAUAGUAGCAAUCAAAUCAACCAGCACGCCCAACAUGACAUCUGUAACGCCAGGUGGUACUAAUCGUAUCGUAAAGCCUACAACUAAUCUGUUUAGCACAAUCACGCUUACUAAAGGACAGCAGUCCGUGCUAACGCCAGCUAAACAAAGACAAAUUAUUCAAAAUCUGCUUUCACAAAAUCAAAAACAAUCAUUAGCAGGUAAUCAAAUAGUUUCUCAAGCUCAACUACUUGCUGCUAGCGCAUCAUCAUCAUCCAUAACAAAGGUACAAAGUGGCGAUACGAAACAACAGUAUAAAAGUGGCCCAGCUUACUUGGUGGAAAAUCAGGCAACUGCUCCAGCAUUCAAAAUUAAUCCAAACUCGAGUGGUGCAACAACCAUUAAGACAUUAUCUCCAAAAAUAGUCAAAAUAACGCCUACACGUUCGAAACCCCAGUCCUCAAUAAGACCUGUUGGUAACAUAAGUACAAUUGUCGGGUCCUCUAACGCCACUGUACUUCCGGCAUCGAGCGUUAUCAACCAAACAGCAGCAUCUAAUGUGAAAAUGAUAAAAAUGAAUCCAUCAACAAUAAUCACAUCAUCUAGUGAAGGCCUCAGUAUGACGAAUGCUGCUAAUAUUAGCGCUAGUACUGCGGUUGCUGUUACUGUACCGAAUAAUGCUGGAACUAUCGUCACUCCGUCCAUUACUAAAAGCGGAACUAUGCGAGUGCUUAAAACAGCUACAGGGUCUACAGCUGUAAUCAAGACAGAAGUAACAAGGUCCGUGCAAAGUACAGCUCACCACACGUUGGAAAAUUUGCGAAAGGAUCCAUCUUCGCAGAUUGGUUCCAAAUUGCUUGUAAAUCCCAACAUCAACACGGGUCAACUAAUUCCACUGGAAAGCUUGUUACAAAAACCCGGUAUUGGAAGCACAGUAAACAAUUCAGUUGGGGGUUUAAAUACAAUUUUGAAGCUUGCCGGUACCACCAAAACCGGACAACAGUUCCUGCAGUUCGGCACCAGUUCGUCCCCUUCAAAGCCUAUCUCAAAUUUACCGUCGAACAGUAGUGGAGUAUCUACCGUUGCGAGUGCAGCCCAGCAAUACACAAUUUUACCGCAAACACGAAACAUAAUAUCCGUCGCAUCAACGUCUGCAACAAAUCGAUCAACGAACCUUCCCUUAACCAUAAUGUCUUCACCAUCAGAAUCAAGUGAUGGUUUCCAGUCUGGUGGUUCAAUAAUUGUUGCAAAUAAAAAAGCAAAUCUAGGUGAAGUUAAUUCAUCCGCCGACGCUACUACUUCGCUACUCAGUCACGUGGCAAAUUCAUCAAGCGCCAAACUAAUGCAGCAGGGCACGAAAGUUAAACUGCUAACUACGACCACACACAAUUCAAAUUCUUUUGGUACUGCUCCUGCCGUUUCAGCGUCGCAGCAGCAAGGCUCGGUUUAUAAUGCCAAAACAACUGUUCCCUCCACCGUCAGUGUUAGUGGGGAGUUUUUAAAUGCAAAAAUUAUAGGCGUUCGCAACAUUACCUCGGGUAAAAUUAAAGGAACUCCUUCCUUAAGCUUGAUGAAUGCAAAUAGCUUAAAUAUAGCGCAUAUCGGAGGAAAACCUGUUCUAAUUGCAAAUAGUACAUCGGUCGGAGCCAAUCAAGCAAUUGCAGUCAGUACCGCUCAUUUAAGCGGCGCCACCAAGUCCGGUCCAUCUAGCUCUAUGGUGUUAACGGGAAAUACUAGCUCCAACAGUCUCGUACUGGGUCAGCCAAAUGCAAGUAGUGUGACCGUAUCUGGCGUAUCUUCAACGGUCGGAAGAGAAAUCACGCGCACAAACAGCGGCACCAGUAUACCCGGUCAAAUUCAAACUGUUCUACUUCGUAAUAAUUUGUUGAAGGUUCAAACCGCUCCAAAUAAAUUGUCCCAUCCACAAUCGAUAGUUUCUGGGACGCUUAGUAGCAGUGGAGUAAACAGUGGCAUUAAUCCAGCUGCUACCGCAUUGAUUGCAACGAGCGGUCAAUGCUCUACAGCCCAUUCAAAACCGCAACCACAACAACAGCAGCAAUACAAAUCACAGAAACAACAGCAAAACAUCAACUCGGGUGGAAAUGCUGUCAUUAUAGCACCAAAUAUACCAUCAAACCCCAUGGUCCUAGGAAGAGCAGUUGGCGAAGAAACACCAACAACGUACGUUAAAAUACAAUCUUCUGAUGCCGAGCUAACCAACAAUUUGGAUUCAGUGUCACAGUCACCGCGGGUAGUUAUUUCGCAGCCGAUUAUAAUGGCAUCAGAUAUACAAAAAACUGGCACCUCUAUAAAUCUUAAACGACUUAAAGUUAUACCCAUAAGUAAACAGCCAAACAAAUAGAUAUUGUGUGCAGUUGUAUAAGUAGCUCUGUUUUCUUAUCAUAAUAUUUAGUAAGUUGCAUAAAAAUAUAUCCAGGGGCGGCCUGAUAGUGUAAGUGAUAAACAGCACCUGUCCACACGACAGGACUGAGUAUCAAAUCCCAUCCGGACCAUCCCCCAUAGCAAGGACUGACUAUCUUGUUACGUGGUAAAAUUAGUCUUGAUACGGCCUGGCCGUUCUUAAGAAGCAAAAAAAAUGUCUGUAUAUGAUUAUUUGAACAUGAAAUAAAGUGGAAUAUCAGAACUACAAGAUUUA